GUCCGAGCGCUUAUUGAGUGAAGUGCGAGUCCAACAGAGAGAGCGAAUGCGAGCAGUUGAGUGGGAUGCAAUGAAGCAAUAAAACAGAACAUUGGAAGAAUAUUAGGAUUCAAAGACAAAAAGUUUCAAAAUGAACGUUAUGAGACAAUGAAACGGGCUGCAAAAAAGGAAUUCGUAGAGAGGACAGAACAUUAAGGAUGUGUUUUAUUUUUUAUUUUGGAGAGGAUGUCAACGUUGUUUUUCAAGUAGCUAACAACAUUGCCAUUAAAAGGAAAUGCAUCAGAAGGAGGCAACGCUGAUAUCUCCAAGGGGUCCUUAGACCUGAGGCUGUUGUCCUCCUGCCCCUCUGCCCACAGCCUCCUACCAAGCUGGUCUCUUUUAAUGGUUGGCACUGGCCACCGCGGCCCUGAAUACUGCCCACACAGACACAGCCUGAUGAUCACUGGUGCCAUGGGAGCAGUGCGAGUCAACAGAUACAGCAUCGUAGCCACCGAUGAAGACCACUUCAAGAUCUCUACCCUGGGCCUCCACAAUGGCCAUGGUCCCCUGAUGCACCACAAUAUGACUGGGAGAGGUAUGGGGGGCGGAGGAGGUGGUGGAGGAGGAGGGUCAGAAGGAGGAGGAGGCGGCAGCUCGUUAGCCCUGCGAGCAACAGAGCCUGUCAACAACGGCCGCCAGAUCUCCACGACGGGGCCCAACCAUGUCCGGAGCCGCUUCGUGAAAAAGAACGGCCAGUGCAACGUGGUUUUCCACAACAUGGAAGACAAGACGAAACACUACCUGGCCGACAUAUUUACCACCUGCGUGGACAUCCGCUGGCGUUACAUGCUGCUCCUCUUCACCUCUACCUUCCUGCUCUCCUGGUUCCUCUUCGGUGUGGUCUUCUGGGGAGUGGCCCUGGCCCAUGGGGACUUCGACCUUCGACCCGGCCUGGGAGAGGGGCCUCUGGCCGGCUUGGAGGGAGGAGGGGUGGAGUGGAAGCCCUGCAUCCUACACGUCCAAGGCUUCGUAGGAGCGUUUCUCUUCUCCAUAGAGACCCAGACCACCAUUGGGUAUGGGUUCCGCUGCGUCACCGAGGAGUGUCCGGCGGCGGUGGCUACGGUGGUGGUCCAGUCCAUUGUGGGCUGCAUCAUCGACUCCUUCAUGAUCGGAACCAUCAUGGCCAAGAUGGUUCGACCUAAGAAGCGGGCGCAGACCUUGCUGUUCUCGCACCACGCGGUAAUCUCCAUGCGGGACGGGAAGCUGUGCCUGAUGUUUCGCCUGGGGAACAUGAGGAAAAGCCACAUCGUGGAGGCUCACGUCCGGGCACAGCUCAUCCGGCCGCACGUCACCGCUGAAGGCGAGUACCUCCCCAUGGAGCAGACGGACAUCGACGUGGGCUACGACGAGGGCCUGGACCGCCUCUUCCUGGUGUCUCCGCUGGUCGUGGUCCAUGAGAUCAACGAGAACAGCCCGCUGUACUGCAUGAGCAGCGCUGACCUGACAACGGAGGACUUUGAGAUCGUGGUGAUACUGGAGGGGAUGGUGGAGGCCACGGCCAUGACCACCCAGGCCCGCUCCUCCUACCUGGCCAGGGAGAUCCUGUGGGGCCACCGCUUCGAGCCUGUGGUCUUCGAGAAGGAGCACCGCUACCAGGUAGACUACUCCCGCUUCCACAAGACCUACGAGGUGCCAGCUACUCCGCACUGCAGCGCCAGGGAGCUCCGGGAAAUGACGGGCCGAUCCCGCUCCCCCUCGUCUGCCUCCGGCUCUAGUUCUACCCGGUCAGUGUCCCCUCUCGGUCCCAAGUCCUCCGGCCUACACCUCUUGCCUCCACACUCCCCCAGCGCCUUCUGCUACGAGAACGAGGUGGCCCUGUGCUGCGGGGAGGAGGAGGGGGAGGAGGAAGGGGAGAUGGGUGUGAUGCUGGGGGGGAGGGACGACGGGGAGGGGGAGGAGAGGGACGUGCAACUAGACAUCUUCCAGGAGAGAUUUCAGGACCAGGUAGCGGUGGACAUGAACAUGCUGUGUGUGCUGGACAUGGACAAUCAGAUUGACAGGCUGCAGCCGGCUAUAGCUCUUGAUGCGCUGGGCUUCAGGAGGGAAUCAGGAGUGUAG